AUGCCAGACUCGGAGAGCCAGUGGAUAUUCACUGAGGAGGAAUUACUCCGUACUCCUUCGGUUCUCGACGGACUCUCGCCUGAAGCAGAGCGCGAACAACGUAGCAAGGGCUGUAAUUUCAUCGUGCAAUUGGGAAUUCAGCUCAGGUUACCACAAGUUACCCUCGCAACAGCCUCCAUGUUCUUACACCGUUUCUACAUGCAAAACUCGCUGAAGAAACACCACUAUUAUGAAACUGCCGCAACUGCUCUUUUUGUCGCAACCAAGGUUGAAGAGAAUAUGCGCAAAUUCGGCGAGCUUGUCGCAGCCUGUGUUCGCGCGGCACAGAAAAAUCACACUAUGCCGGUGCAUCGCGAUGACAAGGAGUUUUGGAAAUGGAAAGAUUGCAUUCUCACAAAGGAGGAUUACCUACUUGAAUCAAUUUGUUUUGAUUUAGAGACUGAACCCCCGUACAGUAUGCUUCUGCUGAUCACCAAACGUCUGGGUGUGCGAGACCGCGAGCUUAUUCGCAUCGCAUGGACCUUCAUAAACGAUUCAACUCUCACCAUGCUAUGUGUGUUAUAUCCAAGCAAAACCAUCGCCGCUGCUGCCCUCUACUGCGCGGCUAAGCAUUGCGAAAGAGAAUUCCCCGAUCACGGUGGGAGGCCAUGGUGGGAUGUGAUUGGAGUUAAGAUUAGGGAUAUCAAGAAAGCCUGCAAUUACAUGGCUAUGAUCUAUGAGAACAAUCCGCUCCGAACUGAAAGCCUGAAGGGGGGAAGAGGCCUAGGGACGACAGCAGCAGGACCGAAGAGGACAGCGGAGACGAGUCGAGGCGAAAAGUUAACGAUGAAAAAUCCCGAUUGUUUGCAUCUUGAGGAUUGA